AUCCUCCAACUUCCUGUUUGGAGCCCCGUCGUUUGGCCGAAAGGGAUGAGGUCCUCGGAAGAAAACACAAUUGCUCAAUGAAAGUGGAUUCGAAGUCAGCGCAAACAUGAGCUGGAUUCCUUUCAAGAUUGGACAGCCAAAGAAGCAGAUUGUCUCUAAAACUGUUGAAAGAGACUUUGAGAGAGAAUAUGACAAGCUCCAAAAGCUGGAGGAUCAGACAAAAAAGCUUCACAAGGACAUGAAGAAAAGCACAGAGGCUGAUUUAGCAAUGUCUAAAGCUGCAGUGAAGAUCUCCGCAGACCUUCUAAGUAACCCACUAUGUGAGCAGGACCAGGCCUUCCUGGAGUCCAUGACAGCUUUAGACACCGCCAUGAGGAGGAUGGACUCCUUCAACCAGGAGAAGGUCAAUCAGAUUCAGAAGACUGUUAUUGACCCUCUGAAAAAGUACAGCGGCGUCUUCCCCAGUCUCAACAUGGCAGUGAAACGGCGAGAACAGACUCUGCAGGACUAUAAACGCUUGCAAUCCAAAGUGGAGAAGUAUGAGGAGAAGGAAAAAACAGGGCCGGUUAUGGUCAAACUGCAUCAGGCUAGAGAGGAGCUGCGACCAGUCAGGGAGGACUUUGAGGCCAAGAACAAGCAGCUGCUGGACGAGAUGCCCAAAUUCUACCACAGCCGCAUCGAUUACUUCCAGCCCAGCUUUGAGGCUCUUAUUCGGGCGCAGGUGGUGUACUUCACAGAAAUGUACAAGAUCUUCAGCGAGCUGACGGAUCAGAUCGACCAGGCGGGCCUGAAUGACGAGCAGAGGCAGAGGGAGACGGAGGCCAAGCUCAACGAGCUGCGUGCUCUGUCCAUCGUGGCCGACGACUGACUGACUGACUGACUGACUGACUGACUGACUGAGCCAACACCAGGAAGACACUCUCUCCAUGCUCCUCUGUCCAAUUUCAACUAACUGAUAUGGCCUUAACUUCAUUAGCGGUCCUGAUUGGGCCUAGUAGGACGUAGUACACGAGGCCAUUCAUACCGUGGCCGAUUGGGCACGAUUCCCCCUCCCUCUCCUGGCCUAUGCUCACUGUGUGCAUCCAUGCUUCAGUCCAUUUGAUUGUCCCAUCACUCCCAUUCUGCUGUAUUACUGCUAUAUCCCUGACUGGAUUAUUUCCAGUCUUACUUCAAGUCCUUCCGAUUAAUUCAAUUGUGGAAGGGGACAACUAUCGUUAAUCACUUGCGAGAGCAGCGAUCGCGUUAAUUAAAUGACACAUUUUUAUUUCGCACAUCAGUGUAUGUUGUGGGUGUCAAUAGUCUUUGUAUUUUAUUUAUAUUAUCAAUUUUGUCGGUAAUCAUUAAGAACUUGCAAGGAGCGAUCCAAUUCCAGUCAUUCUACAGACAUGCCAAAAGAGUGUACCGAACUUGAGCACGGAUCAGCGUGCUCGCACUAUCCAAACGUGCCAGACGUUAGGUGUGAGUACGCCCUACACGUGUACUAUUUGUGAUUGUGUCUAAUAAUAAGACUCGGGAUAACACUCUAACAAAGCCAUCAGCCAACACCAUCUUUUUGGAAUCACUUGUUGCACAUCAUCAAUAAUUUGUUUCUCAGUCUUUUUUUUUUUUGUGAUAGCUUUCCGAAAUGUUUACACUAUAAUAACAUACUGUAGGUCGAGCGCUUGGUCUCUUUAUUGCAAAAAUCAAGUCUCGUGCGCCCUCUAGUGGAAACAAAUGGUAUGCUUCCCACUUUUCUCUCUUGCGUGUCAAACCAUCCAUCCUUUGUUGUGCGGUUGCUUGCAGUCAAACCUUGAAGAACCUCACUAAAAAGCGUUGCACCCAUCGCGCCCAAGAUGGAAGUGUCAGCUGUCCUUGCACUCCUGUGUGCUGUUAACACUACGACACACACUCCCUCUGCUCCCAGAGGUAAGAAGGUCACACUGGGUAUUUGUCCUACUUGAUGGCACAAAAUGUAUAAUCUGCUGUUGGAAGCAAAUGCAAUCGCCUUGUCUUUGAGUUUUGUAUUGUAGGCUUUUAAGUUAAGCAUGUUUUUUAAAAAUUAUUAAUGAAGGUGUCUUUUAAGCUAAUGAAGGUUUUUUUUAAGGAGCUGUAUUAGGGCCACACUGAAGAGAAGAAAAAUAAUGAAUAUGAGAAAGUUUCAAAAAUGUUCAUGUGAUUACUUUGUCGUAUUUUUUUGUUGUAACAUUAAGACUUAAAUACUCUAAAAUUGGGACCUUUUAGUCAAAAUAGUAGUGUCAUAAUCGUAUGUUGGUUUUCACAAUUUGACAGAUGAAUCGUUGUAUCUAUUGUAAAAUCACACCAUCUUAACCUUAUCCUUUUUGUAGCAGUAAUUUGACAAAGUACAACUUUUGUCUAGCUAAUUUGCAACUUUGUUUUCUCAUUACAACUUUAUUCUCAUAACUUUCCCUUUUUGUUGUAAAAUUAUGACUUCUGAUAUUUAUAGAUGUUUGGUCAUUUGAAAUUAAUAUUACAACUUAAUUGUCGUGUUUUGGUUGUUAAAAAAGGCUAUAAUUACAAUCAGUGUGACUCAUUGCAGCUUUUUUGUAGUAAUACUGCAAAUGUUAGUUUUAUUCUAACAUUCCAACUUUUGCCUACAAUACAGUACAACUUAAUGAUCAUUUUUCUCUAGUUUUUUGGUAAAGUCUUUAUUCUCAUAAUACAGUACGGUAUUACAUAAUUGUAUUAUGUUCAUGUAUUACAUACUAUGUUUAUAUUAUAACUUAAUUUUCAUAACAUGACCGUUUUCUCACAAUAAUUUUUUUCAUAAUUUUAUUAGUUUUUUGUUGUCAAAUUGUCUUUGUUUUUCAACUUUUAUGCCAAGUACAUUUUUUCUUACAACUUUAUAUUUUUCCACAACAUUUUCGUUACAAAACGUUGUCUUCAUUGUCAUGUUUUUGUUCUGAUUUUAUGAUAUUCAAAUAACGCAAUGCAAUACGUCUUUAUUCUUAUAUUACAAACACGAUUUUUCUCAUAAUACAACUGUUUCAACACUGACAUUUUUGUCAUCACAUCCUUCCAAAUUGUGACCCUUCAAAAUACAACUUAAUUCCUCCAACUCUAAUUUAGUUGUUUUUUUUCUUUGUCGAUGUGGCCCUAAUUUCUAAUGAAGUACCACCAGUGAGUAAAUACUUUCAACAGAGGCUUCUAUUUGUUUGUGUACGUGACGUAAGAUGUUAGGUGACAAUGUUUAUCUGUUUCCUGUAAAAUCGGAGAAUAAAUGAUCCAGUGACAUUCUUAAAUGUGUUUGUGCUUUAGUGAGGUGAGUGUGUCAUGACUAAAAGGAUGACAAACAAUUCCCAAAUCUAACCAUCUUUAUUUGUGUGUUCAGCUUCACUGAAAUAAGUGAAUCAGUAUUGUCCGCUCAUUAGAACCAAAGCGGUAUUUACAACACGUGCGUGGAUGACUUGAUGCUUGAUUUCAGUGAAUCACGUUAGAUUGACAAAAGCGAUCAUUAGGAAGCGUGCGUGAGACAGGAAGUCAUGUUAGUUACAAACCAACCCACCUUCAAAUAAUGCCAAUGUACAAAUGCAAGUGUGCUACUAAAGGUACGGAAAACUUGACAAUAUUAUUGUGAAAUUAGUUAAAUACCAGCUUUUGGUCCCAUUAGGUGGCAAUAAUUAUAAUUAAUAAUUGACUUAAAGAGUUAAUACAUGAUAUAUGUGCAAGAGGUGUGUGUGUGUGUGUGGAUUAGUGCUAUUCCCAAACACAUCCUGUUGUAUGUUUAUGCACCUCAAA